GGUGGAACCUAACUCGUCCCAAGCCCUGCUAUUUAAAAGUAGUUCGAAAAGAGAGAGAAAGAAAGAGAGAGGGACAGAUCAUACGAGCUACAGACGAACUGAAGGCUCAGUUAAUUAAUUUCUACUUUUUCUGGAAUUUUUCAUGCUUUAUUAAGGUUCUUUUCUUGAUUCUCUCUCCUGGGUAUCACUCACUUGUUUAGCCUUUCCCAUGAAUUUAUCUCUCUUCUACGUUUUCUCCAAUUUUUCAUGCUUUACACUUGUUAUUUUCUUAUUUUCUCUUUUGGGUAUUUCAUUUGUUUUGUUCUUUGUGAUUCUUCAGUACUUGGUCUAGUAUACCUGUGAAAUUUUGGAUACCUUUUCUUACCUGAUUAGAUGCAUAUUUCAAGAAUGUUGUCAGUGGAUUUUUGCAGGUUUUCAGAUCCUGUUGGCUUUAAGCUUAUUUUUCAGAUCAAUUAUGCUCAAACUUGAUUGGUCAUGUAUAAUUACUGCAGCCCACCUGCUAGAAUUCAAAUUGAUGGAAUUGGGUGAUGAAAUGCAGAAGAUAUUAUUCUGGAUUUCUCAGUUUUGUGCAGAGUGGCAAUCUUGCGCUUUGUUUACUCUGGUCUAUUAUACAUUUGAUUGUCGGCAUAUGGUACUUUGCACUGGGUAUUGCUGGUGCGCUUGAGAGCUGUCUUAUCUCUAUUGGUUUGUUGAAGAGGUACAAAGCCCUUGAUAUAGGCAAAGUCAGGUACCUGGCAAUUGUUAUAGACAGUGAAGAAGCUCGCCAGACAUCAAAGGUUAUUGAACUUCUGCGGUGGCUUGCGGCUAUCGGUGUCAAAAAUGCCUGCCUAUAUGAUCCAGAUGGAAUCUUGAAGAAAUUCAAGGAAGCCUUCAUGACAAGACUUGGGGAUGCGCAAUUGUCUGAGGAAGCUGCUGUAAAUGAUCCACUGCUUGACCAAAAGUAUAUGGCUUUGGAAUUUGCUUCAUUGUCUGAUGGAAAGGAGGCAGCAGCUAGAGCAGCUAACUUCCUUUUUGUGAAGUAUUAUUUGGGUGGAGCGGAUAAAAAACCCAUCUUCACUGAAUCUCUCAUGGCUGAGGCAUUAAAGGCUGUUGGUUGUAAGGUGACGGAACCUGACCUUCUAUUAGUGUAUGGCCCUGCAAGAUGCCACCUAGGGUUCCCAGCAUGGAGACUUCGGUACACUGAGAUUGUACAUAUGGGACCAUUGAAGUCCAUGAAAUAUGGUUCCCUAAUAAAAGUCAUUCGCAAGUUCACAAUGGUGCGCCAGAACUAUGACCUUAGCAGUGCAAGAAAAGACCCAGAAGACUAUUGGAAGAGCAUAAUGAAAGGUGAGCCCAUGCCCAAAGCAAUCAAAGACCUUUUCCAUGAAGAUCUUGCAUCUCAAUCCACAUCUUCUCAGGCUUCAAAAAUGGAUCAUUUCAUCAAGGAUUUCGAUUUCAAGCCUAGUGUUAUAAUCUAUCACAGCCAUAUCAGGACUCCGAGGCGGGUUGCGAAACCGAAAUCCGCCCCUAAAGCCAAAAAUCUUUUGUUAGGCCAAGUGUAA